CAUCGACGACGACGGCGACCAACAGUCUUUGCUCAUCGUCGGUAAUUACCGCGACAUCCGCGAGCAAGCUGCUUUUCUGAUCUGUGGCGCUGCCUCGGAUAACUUGGGCAGCCUACGACUUACGCGCUUUCAGAGUGUGAUUCUGAUCUCCGCUCGUUCACCUCGCUAUUCGACAUGGACGUCGAGGACGACGUAAAUCAGAACGCCGUGGCAGGCCCGUCAACGAUAACUCAAGACUAUAACUUCGUAUUUCUACCACCACCAGCUGCACAUCCCCCUCCACGAACAUUCCUUGCAAGCACACAGGACAUUCUUGGUCGCUUUAAUCUUCAUCCCGCUUAUGACAAGCAUGUCCGCCCAUCCAUUCCCUCCCAGAUGCCAUUGUCACACGCUUCUGUACCACCACUCACACCGGCCGCCCUGCUUCCAGACAGUGAUGACAAAAUGAAAAAGAAUUCUUACCGAUUCCUCAUAAAGAGCGUCCCGGGGAAGCACUCGACGAAGAAAGACGACUACCUUACUACGAUGAUGCAGGUUCCACCGAAGCAACGCAUACCAAUCACAGAGUUCGAUGAACGGACACAAAGGGAAGCAUUCACCGUCAGUGCAGAAGGUCUGAAAGGGUGGAAUGUGGGCACUUUGGUCGUGGAGUCUGCACAGGCAAAGGAAGACAGGAGGAAACGUAAAGAGCUCAAAAAACUCGCGCGUGCUCAAGCCCAAGGUCUUGUACCGGGAGGCAUACCCGGCGCACCCGGUACACUCCCGCCGCCACAAGUGGCGCCAUCAAAUCCAAAUCAACCAUCCGCACAACAACCGCCUGCAGCAUCACAAGUGCAGCCCAUUCAUUCAAAGCCUCAUGCUCCUGCUGUAACCAUACCGCCUCCUACAGCAUCAACUCGGAUAACUACACCGACAAGCGCUGCACCGCGAUCAGCUGUGCAGAGCAGUGCCGCGUCGCAACGGAUAGAUACGUCUGCCCUCGGCGGCAUGCGAGGCAAGAAGCGUGAACUCGAGGAUAGCCCUGUGUUACCACCCAACCCGAGCGUAAAUGGUGCGAACAUGUCGAUAGGCGUGGCUGGUGUCCGUGCGGGGUCGAAUGGUGUCCGUCCAAGACCCGUUAAAAGGCCAAGGAUGGACAUUCAAGGUCAGGCAAGAGAAAUGCCCAUGCAGCAGCCCACGCCACAGGGUGCAUGAGGCUUUCGACUCUUGCAAAUGCCUAAUCAGUAUUCCAUGCUACUCUCCUAUCUUGACGGACGCAGCUGUCAUACACGUCAAGCGGCUUCAUCCCACUAUCUCCUACCCACAUUCGCUGGCAAUGGGUUACCAACUUUCCCGCGCUCAACGGGACUGCUAAUGG